AUUUAUUCAAAAUUAAUAAAUAAAUAAUAAAAUUGUAAUAGCAAAAUUUCCUUAAGAUUGAGUCAAAACUGUUUUGUUUGGUCAAUCAGAUCAGAUCUCUUGCCGGCGGCCAAGCCUCUCUUCUCUGUGGUUUCUCUCUUCCCAUCAAUUUAGAUUUUAGACGAGGAAUAAUAUGGAAGAACUGAAGUUGAUCGGUUCGAAAAAGAGCUUAUUUUGUACGAGAGUAGAGUGGGCGUUGAAGCUAAAGGGUGUAGAGUAUGAGUAUUUGGAGGAAGAUUUGAGAAACAAAAGUCCAAUUCUUCUUAAGUACAAUCCAAUUCUUAAGAAAGUUCCUGUCUUUUUACACUUGGACAAACCUAUAGCUGAGUCUUUAGUCAUUCUUGAAUAUAUUGAUGAAGUUUGGAAAGAGAACCCUUUGCUUCCCCAACACCCUUAUGAAAGAGCCAAAGCACGAUUUUGGGCCAAAUUUGUUGAUGAGAAGGUUUUGAUGGGAUCAUUUGAAGCUUGCAAAGCUCAAGGAGAAGGGAAAGAAAAAUUGAUAGAAUCUGCACAAGAAUCUUUAGGUUUUCUCGAGAAAGAAAUCGAAGGGAAGAAGUAUUUUGGAGGAGAAAGCAUUGGGUAUUUGGAUUUAGCAGUGGGUUGGAUUCCUAUAUGGCUUGAUGUAAUGGAAGAAAUUGGGGAGAUGAAGUUAAUCCAACCAGACAAAUUUUCAUGUCUUUAUCAAUGGUCUAAGAAUUUUCUUACAGAUAAUCCGGUUGUGGAAGAAUUAGCUCCCUCGAGAGAAUCUCUUCUCGAGUAUUUUCAUGCUAGUAUUGCCUAUCUCCGCUCUUUGGAAGCCAAUAAGUAGUGAAAUGAAUCUACUUAUUAGAUAAUUUAUAGAAUAAAAAUUUGUCAAGAGCUUUGUUUUUUUUUUUUUGUGUUUUCUUAAAAUUUGUUAUACAAAUGUGUUUUAUUUAAUCAGUUAGUUUAUUUCAAUUAUAUUUUCUUGUAAACUAUUAGAAAUUUUAAAAUUUCUAAAUGAUUAUAAAUAAUUAUUAUGUAUGCAAUAAUAAACAAAAAUAUUAAAAAGACUCUCAUAGAUACGGAAACGAACAAGAAUGUACCAUAACAAUUAAAUUAGCCUUAUAAAUAGUAAUUGUUUUUUAUUU